AUGGAGAAGAAGCUUCUAGAAGCCGUGGAGAAGGCCAGAGCACCUCCACCUCUAGCCCCUAAGGAGAAGACUUAUGUGCCACCACCUCCGGAGGAGCACCAUUAUUACUACUGCGAGUUUCCUCCUGAACCAGAAGCUCUGAAUCAGACACAACCCUCCGAAGGGCAGCCUAAUUGGCCUGCUCGAAUUCAAGAAAGACCGAACACCGGAGGAAAUAGAGGGCAGAGUGGUCAAGGCAACUGGUCAGGCGGACCCCAGGGUAACUGGUCCAGCAGAAGUCAGUCCAACUGGUCAGGAAGACAACAAGAGGGAAACUGGGGAUACAGACAUCAAGGCCCCCAGUCAAGCAACUCCGGGAGGCAACCAAACAACCAGGUGGUGAGCUAUAUUCCGCCGCAUCAAAGAGGAAACCAACAAGCGGGGAGCCAACCAUACCAUCAGCCCCAGUAUCAAUCUGAGCACUAUGGGCAGCAAGACUACCCUCAGCCUAGCCACGGUGGAGGACCUUCGAAUCAGAGAUACAACAGGCACGCCAAUGAAGGUCCUGGAGAAGCUAUGGCUCCGCACCAUCAGAAUGAUGCGAUGCGCGAAAUCCAAGAGGCGCAGAAAGAGCAGAGGGCAUCUCUAGACAUGCUUACAAAGCAACUUUAUCAGGUUGCCAUGUCGCUAGGGGAACUGAGAGGGAAUGAAGGAAAGAUCCCUGCUACGGUGCAGCCCAUCAGGACUGAGAAGCGAAGAAGGAGCAGAGUCCAGUUCCCUUGA